UGAUCAUGUGACAAUAUCACAACAAAAAUGUCUGCCUGCUUUUCGCUGUGGUAAAUUGUUAAAUCGUUUCACAAAUAUAUCAAAAAAGUGUGUGUGCAUUUGCGUCAAAACUACUGCGAAUCUGGCAUCAAAUGAAGACUUUUUUUUAAACCAACUGAGUCAGAUAGUGAAUAUUUUACCACCGUCAUCAUGGAGCCCACCGCAUCGGGAAUAUUCUGUAACAGGAUGCUCAGCAUGGUGAACUCUGAGGAUGUGAACGCCAUCAUUCAAGCUCAGAGACAUAUGCUGGACCGGUUUGAGAAGACCAAUGAGAUGCUGAUCAACUUCAAUGGCCUGUCCAAUGUGCGCUUACAACAGAUGAAUGAACACUUUCUAAUGCACACCCGUACAUUAAUAGAGAUGAAGAAAGACUUGGACAGCAUCUUCAGACGAAUAAGGACUUUAAAAAGCAAGGUUGCGAAACAAUAUCCAGAGGCCUUUAGCAACAUCAAUGAAUGUUCCAACCUGGAGGAUGAUGAUGAUGAGUUUGACCCCAUCCCUCCCAGUGUGGCCACCACCAUCACUGCCACUGCAACAUCCGAACAGAGCACAGAGUCAUGUGACACAAGCCCUGAUGUGAUAUCACCCACCAUUAGCUGCUGUUCUGAAGACCCCUCUCAAGAGAACACCGGCACACCGACCUCUGACAGUCAUGAACCGGCAGUGUUACGGGACGAGGGUCCCGAUUCAGCUGACAUUUAA